AUGCAUCCAUACCGACCCCCGUUUGGUGGCCCCGCUAGACCCACGAACCCGAACAAGACCCAACCGCAAACCCUGUACAACCUACAAGACAUGGACCCGGGCUUUUUAAGUUACGCGGCUUACUUGAGUGGCGCCCCUCCGUUUGUUCCUCCCACCUACGGCUAUGGUCAAGCCGGCGGAAGGUUGCAUAAGAAGAAGGAAAAGGAUGAAACUCGACGUACAAAAACAACCAUUAAAUGGACGAAGGACGAGGAAUACACGUUGACUCGGGCGUGGCUCGAUAUUUCGGAGGACGAAGAUACCGCAAACUUUCAAACGGGCCCCGUUUUUUGGGAUAGGGUGCGUGCACUCUUUUUUAGCUCGUGGGGUCAAGGCGAACAUCGGGACAAGGAUUCAAUUUCUAGCAAAUGGACCGACAUCAACAACAAGUGUCACGCGUUUCAAGAAGUUUACCAACGUAACUACGAUAAUCGCCCGAGCGGUGAAUGUGACGUCGGGGUUUUAACAAAGACUUUGGAGGAGUUCGAUAGGACGAAAAGCCCUUUCACGUACUAUUAG